AAAAAAAAGCUUUGCUUAACAAGAAAAACUUUAAAUAUGAUAAAUUUCUCUACCAUUAGUAUUGAAUUGAAAGUAUCAUUUCAGUAUCAAACAUAAGAUGAGCAUUUCGCUGAAGAUAUUCCAGGUAAGAGACUAUAGAGGGGCAACCAUAGAAGAUCUUGAUGUCAGACCUGCUAUAUCCAUAAAUCCUACCACACCAAUAGAAGAUGCUAUAGAAAUCUCAUUUGAACAUGAAUUUGACUUCUUACCAGUUAUUCAUGAAUCUAAUAGAAAGUUAUUAGGGGUAUUGAAUGUACAAGAGUUAAAAGAUAAGGCUGAGACAAAAAAUAAUGGUUUAAACCCAAUUACAAAGAAUUAUAUGCUAUGGUUUAAUCAAAAGGCUCGUCAAAACUAUGAUUUAGAGCAUCAAGAGAAUAGUGAACCAAAAAAGACUCCAGUUUACUCAACAAUCUAUAAACCAGGUGGAACUAAAAAAUACCUGGUAUUAACCCCUUUGACACCUUUGGAAGAUUUAGCUGCUUUUUUUAAUUCUGGAAAUUAUUUUGCUAUUAUAACUAAUGGAAGAGGUGAUUUUGUGUAUGGAGUAGCCACACCUGAAGAUUUAACGAAAUUCGAGACUUCAAGACCCAAAUUAUAAUACGAAUAUAUUAUAUUUAAAAAUUCUU